UAAUUCUUCUUUUUUAGCGUAUUGACACUGAUUUGAUACAUAACCUAACAAUUUUCGAUUCUAACCUAUACAUAGUAAAUAUAUUAAAAACAAACAAUGUUACUAAUAAAUCGUUACAGACCAACCAAUAUAUCGAAAAUAACGAAUACUUACAUUUCAGGCCUCAUCAAAUCCCUAUCGACAUCCAAUUUUUUACCAUCGAACGCGAAACUAGCCGACAUCGAUGAAGACAAACUAACUCGCCUAAAAAAACAAAUCCUAUUCAAUUCAGUAGUCAAAGUGAGACACAAAACCGAUUUCCACGACAAACGCAAAGCGCUAGAAGCCCGCAGAUGGGCUGGAAUAGAUCCUCUACCACUAUCAUUGAAAUUCGUAAACAACGAAACCGUAAUCGAAGAACCCAAAACGAUCGAACCACCAACAAAAAGCGAAAAUAAACGCGUACAAUUUCCUUUCAGCGGCAACAAUAGCGCAGUCAAUGAGGUGCACAUUAAAGAAGACAUCGAAGAAGCGAAAACGAUGUCGGAGAGAGUCGAUAAAGAAAUAAGAGAGAGAAACGAGCAACUGCGAAAUUGGAUGAACGCCUACGAGAAUCUAGAGUGCGACAUUAAAGACACCAGCAACGUAGAAGAUGACGUCAUUAAUUACGGCACUCCGGAUCCCCGCAGCAACAUCAGCAACGUACCGUGCGGUGGCUGCGGAGCCUUCAUCCAUUGCAAAGACGCCUCCAUACCCGGUUACAUCCCGUCGGAGAUAUUCAAAACGACCGAAAAACACCAAGCCCAACGACUCGAAUCCCUCGUAUGCCAACGGUGUUUCUUCCUCAAGGAGCACAACAUAGCCCUUCAAGUGCGAGUAUCGCCCGACGACUAUCCCAAGAUCCUCGCCUCCAUCAACCCCAGGAAAUCCCUCGUACUUUUAACGGUCGAUCUAACCGAUUUCCCUUGCUCCAUAUGGCCCGGCAUCGCCGAUAUAUUCGGCCCCAAAACCCCCAUCGUCCUCGUCGGCAACAAAAUCGAUCUGCUACCCAAAGACACCAAUCGCUACCUCACCCACAUCAAACGCCAACUACUCGAACAAAUCAAACUCACCGGUUUCGGAACAGCCAACAUAACCGAUACAGUACUCGUAUCAGCCAAAACGGGCUACGGCAUCGAAGACCUCAUCAACACCCUACAACGACAAUGGUCGAUCAAAAACGUCUACCUGGUGGGCUGCACCAACGUCGGCAAAUCCAGCCUGUUCAACUCACUGCUGGCCUCCGACUACUGCAAACACCAGGUCUCCGAUCUCAUCCAACGGGCCACCAUCAGCCACUGGCCCGGCACCACUUUAAACCUACUCAAAUUCCCAGUCGCACGAGCCUCCCACUACCGCCUCUACUACCGCUCCGCCAGGCUCUUCGAGACCAACAAACGCCUCGUAGCCGAAGAAGAACGCCGCAAGGAGGCCCUACAGCAGCACAACACCCCCGAAAACGCCACUUUAAUGGGCAGAAUCGAGCGAACGUUUCCGCAAACUUUCCACACGAACGAACCCGAAGACACUUUCACCGUACACCGACAAACCCACGGCUUGGAUCCCGGUUUGAGGGAACACCAUCCGGACUUCGCAUCGAGCCGAUGGUGCUACGAUACGCCGGGCGUGGUGCACCCGGACCAGAUGCUCGAUCUGCUGACGCUCGACGAGCUGGUGCUGGCGCUGCCCAAGGAGCUGAUCAGGCCGGAGACGUUCUGCGUGAGGCCAGGGUCGAGCCUGUUCAUCGCCGGAUUGGCUCGAUUGGAUUACAUAGAAGGACCGGGCUCGGUGAGACUCACCGUGUUCAGGUCGAACGAGCUACCGGUGACUGUGUGUGAGAUCGAGAAGGCCGAUGAGGUGUACGCGGGGUGUUUGGGGACGGAGUUGUUUCGGGUGCCGAUAGAUGAAGGGGAUCGGUUGGGGAAGUGGCCCGGGUUGGAGGCGGGGAGGAGGUUUACGGUGAAGGGGGUGCACGAGAGGUUUUCGACGAAGGAUGUGGUUCUGUCGAAUGCUGGAUGGGUUGCGAUAAGUUGUUACUUCGACGAAUGCAUUUUCCAGGGUUGGACGCCCGGAAAAAGGGGGAUACAUGUGAGAGACAGCGUUCUACCUAAAGCGGUCACUUUGCGGGGUAAAAGGAUACGAGACAGCGUCGCUUAUCUACCUCAUAGGUUCUUGUAAAUAAAAAUUCCAAAGAAGUUAUUCGUUUUCAUCCAGCACCUGUAC